AUGCGAGUAUCGGAAUGGCUCCGUAUGAGGCUCUGUAUGGGAGAAAAUACCAAUCUCCACUGUGCUAAGCCGUUAGAAGAGUUACGCCGAUCAGAGGCGGAAGCCUUAGAGUUUGAGAAAGGAGACCAUGCCUUCCAUAAGGUUACUCCGACGACAGGAGUAGGUAGAGCGAUUAAGACAAAGAAGCUGAACCCUCGAUACAUCGGUCCGUUUCAGAUUCUUGAGAGUAUUGGACCGGUGGCGUAUCGGAUGGCCCUACCGCCUCAUCUUUCGAACCUGCACGACGUAUUUCACAUGUCGCAGCUUCGAAAAUACACUCCUGAUGCUAGCCAUGUGUUAGAACUAGAAUCAAUUCAGUUAAAGGAGGAUUUGACUCUACCCGUGGCUCUAGUCAGGAUUGAUGACACAAGUAUUAAGAAGUUGUGCGGAAAAGAGGUUUCAUUAGUGAAGGUGGCAUGGAACCGAGCCGGUGUUGAGGAGCACACUUGGGAACUUGAGUCAGAGAUGCGAGCAGACUACCCACACCAAUUCUCAGGUAACUAA